AGAGUGCAGCGACCAUCUGCUCCAGAACCUGAAGCCUCUCAGCAUCACUCACUCCGCCUCCGGUCCGUCAACGCGCCACCAUGACGCACAUCUCUGCCCUGGUCCUCCUAACAGCAUCCCUCCUGCUGUGGACGCCUGCACAAGCCUCGCUCCUCUGUGUCUGGACCAAAGUUUUGCCGAACGACGAAGUGCACCACAGCUUCCUCCGGCGGGACUCUGCAUCUCUGCGGCUGUACCACAGCGCCUGGUCCGGCGCGCGCACUCUGCUCGGCUGCGCUUGGAGCGAUGACGCAUCGGUGAUCCAGAACUAUUUGUCUCUGUGCGCGGAGAACACGCACGACUUCACCGAUCACCCGGAUUCAAAUGUACAUUUGAACUCCGUGUUCGGGGCCGAGGAGCAGUGCGUCUCUCUGGAUUCUCCAGGGGUGGAAGGAGUGGGGUGGCCCUCGGUGAACAGCGAUGGAGGUCUCCCCGAGGCUGGGAAGAGUCAGGGUCAGGAUGAGAGGUCAGAGGUCAGGACCCAUGUGCGUGUAAAGCGAGGUUUCAUUGUACCUGGGACCCUCUGGUGCGGCUCUGGAAACAAGGCGCUGUCAUUUGCUGAUUUGGGAGUUUUUUCGGACACAGACAGCUGCUGCCGGGAGCACGACCAAUGCAAAGACACCAUCCUGUCCUUUCAUUCUGAGUUUGGUGUCUUCAACACCAACAUCUUCACCAUGUCUCACUGUGACUGUGACAACAAGUUUCAUAGUUGUUUGAAGGAGGCGAAUGACAGGAUAUCUGAUGUGGUGGGAUACACCUUCUUUAACCUGCUGAAGAUGAACUGCUUUGAGUUCUCCCAUCGACUCCAAUGUCAACAGAGAAACUGGUUUGGAAUGUGUAAAGAGACUAAAAUGUCUCUGUAUGCUGAGGUCCAUCCCCCCAAAGUGUACGAGUCUACCAAUCCAACAGAGGCCGGCAUGAACAGCACCAUCGCCAACACCACCGCACCUGCAGAGUUCCUAGAGAGCAUCACGUCCCACCCACAACUUUCCUCCAUCACUGCUGCUGCUGCAUCCACAGUCCCUACACCUUCAACGAGGUCCCCCUCCUCCUCCCUCACUCCUGUUACCAAUGUCAACACCCCCACGGUCACAACCAUAUCAGAGAAACCUACUGGAUCAGUACCUGAGAGUAGAAACCAUCUGAGCACGCCACCCAUCCCAACCCAAACGGUGACGGAGGUGGACGCUACUAGCACAGGGAUGCAACUAUCGUGUGGUGUCUAUAAGGAUCUUGAUGAGUGCGGACACAAGAUCCUUCCUCAGCGAAUGAAAUAUGGCAUCUACAACCCAGAGCCCAGGACGCUGUACCACUGCAAUUGUACCAAAAGAUUAUUCCAGACUUUGGUUGAACAGAGACAACUGACCGAAGUACAUUCUCUUCUGCUCGGACGCGUGUCUGGAUCUUGCUUCCUCCCACAGGACUGCACAACAGGCAAAACCUGUACAGCAGUCCUGGUGAAGGCAGACCUUCCUCAGCUCGAGCAGAGGAGUGGUGCUGAUGUGGAGGAGCAGCGCCAUCUACAGGCAUUGCAACUGAAGGUCAGGAGGCCAAACACCAGGAUAGCUAAAAGAAAUGGCCGAGCUGUGAAGCUUCACAGACUGUGUCUCAGGAUGACUCGGCCCAAACAAAUGAACAAGAGCAGGACACCUGGUCAAACUGCUCAGCGGCCAGCUGUAUGAGGAAGAGAGCUUGUCUGAGAGGGAAUAUUAUGGAGACCCAAAGCUUCUGAUACUGAAUAAGAACAUAAGACAUCAUGAAGUAGAUAAUCAUAUAAAUAAAUACAUACAAAAUAUACAUACAACCACUAACUGUUUAUUGCAGGUAACUUUAUUUCAAAAUGUAACUACAAAAAGGCAAAUUUUUCUUAUUGUAAAUUUUACUUCAUGACGGCUCUUCAAAUGGGGCAGAGCCAGUUAUGUGAUUCGCUGAUUUGGUUUGAAUGACCCAAACAAAAAGGCACAUUUAAUACGAUUUUAUUGAACCAACAAUACACACCAUUCCAAAAGGUUAUAGGUUGAAGUGACAUGGUCCCAAGAUUUAUACAGAAAACAUAAAAACAGAAUCUGGAAAAGGAUUUUAAAUCUUAAAAACAAAAACUGCCCAAAUUGUAAAAGCAGCAGGGUGGAAUAUCACUUCAUAAUUAUGAGCUGAUUCACAGCUAUGCCCUGAUUAUUUCACAACUGCAUGGUCUACAUUUAUUCAUUUGAUUGCUUUAAAAAUCCUUAGACACGUUAACUGCACUGCACAUGUGGAGGCUGGAGGCAAUCCCAGCUGAGAGGGCACAUGUUUCAUCCUGGACAGAUACUCAGGGUGUCACAGGGUUGACAAAUGGAGACAAACGACCUUUUACACUCAUAGUCCCACCAAAGGCGGAUCAAUCUCACCCACACAGGCACAGGGAGAACGUACCAGCUCUGCACAGGAUGGCCUCAUGAUGUCUUGUUUAUUUAUCACUUGGGGUCCCCAGUUUAUGUUGUAGUAUUUUGUAUUUAUAUUGUAUCAUCAGGGAUGUGGUGAAGCUUAGCUUUCAAACUGUGAAACAAUUUUUUUCAAAAGCAUAAAUAUACUUUUGUCAUGUCAAAGCAGCAAAAGCAUAGGUGUAACUAAUGAUAUUAGUUAAAACAGCAUUUAAUUGAUUUGUGGCAGUUCAUAAGCCCUGGAUCCAUCAUUAGAGGUAUCAGACAUAUGCUUUUCCUGCAAUGACAAAUCCCGACAACUGCCAUAAACAUCUAUAGUGUUUCAUAUUGGUUGUUGUUAUGCUGAAUAUAUAAUAACAAGGAGGUCGAUGUUUAGUCCCCUUUUUAUGCACCACUGAGACUGUUCAACUUCCCCUUUAGCCACCAAUGAGGAUACUCAGGUCUCUCCUUAUUACUUCUGGGAGUGUUUGGUAGUUUUAACAUCUCCAGAGAUUGUUAGGGACUCUAAUGAUAUUCUUAAUAGCUUUAAAUUUGAAGUGUAAAUAUAAGUCUAGUUUAAAUUAAACUAUAUUAUUUUGUAUUUCCCCAUAUGAUGGAUAUUGGAUUUACACAGAAUACAACUUAAUAGUUCAAUGAAUAAAUAUAAAGUGAAAAACCUUUCAUGUAAUAUACGCUCACACUCGCACGUCAACCUGUGUGUCAGCUCUUGUUACUUGUGACUGUUUUAACUGUAUUAUUUGAGUUGUAGACUGAUGCACAUUAUGUUGUUAGCACCAUAAUGAAAAAGGAAAGUGUACAGGGGAACAAGUAUGUAAAUAUCUGUACAUAACACUUUUUUGAUGUGAGAAGGAAAUGUAUGACUGACUGAUUUAAAUGAAGAAUCUGACCAUUUUUAA